AUGCCGGGCGGAGACCACAAACUGGACCUACAGCCUGACAUGGCUCCAGGAAAGGAAAGUAAUGGACUUGACAACUAUACCUUUGGGCACUGUUUGACUGCAUUUGGAGGCAUCAUUGCCAUCCCUUUGAUUCUGUCCCAGGGACUGUGUCUGCAGCACGAUGGCCUCACACAGAGCCAUCUCAUCAGUACAAUCUUCUUGGUUUCUGGGGUCUGCACUCUGUUGCAAGUAGUCUUUGGCAUUAGUCGAACACUUCAGGGAUCCAUUAUUGUGGGAUCAGUCUUCCAGGUGCUGGUUGGUUUUUCAGGCCUCAUCGGCCUCUUCAUGCGCUUCAUUGGGCCUCUCACCAUCGCUCCUACUAUUUCUCUCAUUGGACUGUCCCUCUUUGACUCAGCGGGGAGCAGUGCUGGGAACCACUGGGGCAUCUCUGCAAUGCUGCCGAUUCUCCAAGGUGGCACAUUCACAUUACUGGCUCCUUCCAUGGCGCUGCUCUCCAUGCCGGAGUGGACGUGUCCUGCAUGGACGCAAAACGCCAGCCUAGUCAACACCUCGUCCACACACUUCAUAGAAGUGUGGCAAAGUCGAAUGAGAGCAGUGGGCAGUCGGAUGGUGAUUGUGGCCAGCGGAGUGUUGAUGGUUGUCAUGGGUAUAUUUGGUAAAGUGGGCGCUAUAUUCACCACUAUCCCGUCACCUGUCAUAGGAGGAAUGUUCAUGGUUAUGUUUGGUGUCAUCUCUGCAGCCGGAGUUUCAAAUCUGCAGUACGCAGACAUGAACUCGUCUCGAAACAUCUUCAUUUUCGGCUUCUCCAUGUUCACUGGUCUGGUUAUUCCAAAUUGGAUAUUGAAGAAUUCCAAAGCUAUUUCUACAGGUGUGGUAGAACUUGAUCAGGUCCUGCAGGUACUUCUGACAACCAGCAUGUUUGUCGGUGGCUUCUUUGGUUUCAUACUGGACAACACCGUUCCAGGUAUUGCUCUUUGUUACUGUUCUGCAUGUAUUUAA